AUGCGACCGCUUUCGCGGUUAUUGUCGUCGUGGAAAUUUCUACCUAAUCGCGAACGAAUAGUCUUCAAGAGUCAGAAGGCAGCUUUUCGAGAGUAUUGGAAAGUAGUUGGUGUCAAUUUACUGGUCUGCAUAGGCUUCGCCGCUUUUGUUGUGGAAUUUGCGUUUCCAACUCCAGACAUGGUUUAUGAUUGGAAGCGGAUAAUUUCGCCCGAUUUUGAUCUAUACUGUAGAUUUGGUGAAAAGGCGGAAUUCGACUUGGAUAUUUCCCAUAAAGUAAGCUAUUUCAAGUACAGAGAGAAGAAGGAUAAGUACGAACACGAUAUGCAGAAAUCACCAGUGGCCCGGUUUGGUGGCUCUGUUUAG